AUGGCGAGUUCAGCUAUCGGAACUAAUUCGGAAAAUACUUCAAAAUUUUUGGAAUCGUUACAAACUGACUUGAAAGUUCUCGCCUCUGAGACGAAGAAGAAAUAUCCACAAAUCAAGGAAUCGUGCGAAGAAGGAAUUGCAAAAAUAAGGACAGCUUCGAAUACUUCGGGUGCUCCAAUUUAUUAUAUCGUUAAUCAAAUCUUAUAUCCUUUGGUUCAAGGUUGUGAGAGUAAAGAUGUAAAAAUUAUAAAGUUUUGUUUAACUAUGAUGCAAAAAUUAAUUACACAACAAGCUAUUGAUCAAAAAGGUGCCCGUUAUAUCACAGAUACGUUAUGGAUGUUAAUGGAAUCUGGAACGGAAGAAGUUAAAGUUUUACAAACUGUAACUCUUUUACUAACUAGCAACACUGUGGUUCAUGGAGAAACACUUGCAAGAAAUUUAGUUUUGUGUUUUCGCUUACAUUUUACGAAAGAUUCCACAACAAUUAAUACAGCAGGAGCCACAGUAAGACAGUUAGUGUCAUUAGUAUUUGAGCGCGUAGUUGCAGAAGAUGAACAAAGUCCUGAUCAAGAAGAUUCAGAUGAAAUAAAUUUGGAGGAAUUAAAAAUUCCUACUAAUCAGGCACCUAAAAGUUUAGGACCAUGUGCUGCUGAUGCAUAUUUAAUGUUUCAAGACUUAGUACAAUUAGUAAAUGCAGAUCAACCUUACUGGUUAAUUGGGAUUACAGAAAUGACACGUACCUUUGGACUAGAAUUGCUAGAAUCUGUUCUAACAAAUUUUUCAUCAGUAUUUUUUAAGCAUCCAGAAUUUAGCUUUCUACUAAAGGAGAGAGUGUGUGCCCUUGUAAUUAAAUUAUUUUCCCCUAAUAUCAAAUAUCGCAAUUCGGUACCGGCAUCACUACAACAAGCUACACCUUUAGAUAAACCUUAUUUUCCUAUUAGCAUGCGGCUCCUUCGAGUUGUUUCUAUUUUGAUACAAAAAUAUCAUUCUCUUUUGGUGACAGAAUGUGAGAUAUUUUUGUCCCUAAUUGUUAAAUUUUUGGAUCCUGAUAAACCAACAUGGCAAAGAGCCUUAGCUUUAGAAGUUUUACAUAAAAUGACAGUACAAUCUGAUCUUCUUACAAAUUUCUGUGAAUGUUAUGACUUAAAACCUCAUGCAACCAACAUUUUUCAAGAUAUUGUCAAUAGUUUAGGUGCCUAUGUACAUAGUCUUUUUGUUAAUCCCCAGAUGAUGAACCAAACCAAUAUAACGACAAGUACAACGAUUCCACAAAGUACGGCUUCUCCGUUAUUUACGGGAAUGCCUAUAGGUCCUGGUGUUUCACCUCAACCUGGUUUUUAUUCACGCGGCAUUUGGUUGCCGGUAGUUGCAACAUUUACAAGUGGUCAAGCUAAAUCAACCUAUCUGGACAUGCUUGAUAAGGUCGAACCGCCACAGAUUCCUAUCGGUUAUGGAAUAAGUGUAGCAUAUGCAUGCUUAUUAGAUAUUAUACGAUCCAUAGCUCUCGCAAUCAAUGGUACUAAUGAAGUUGUAACUGGGAAUCAAUUGUACAAACCUAAUGAAUUUGAACGGAAACUUCAUACUCAGCUCAUUAAUUCUAGUUGGUGUGGCCUGCUAGCAGCAUUAAGUCCUCUUAUAGAUGCAAGCACCGAUGAAUCUGCAACAGAAAAUGUGUUAAAAGCUAUUCAAACUUUUGCAUCGCUGUGUGGACAAUUAGAGUUGCAGACUCCGCGUGACGCUUUCAUUACUGCAAUAUGUAAAGCAUCAUUGCCUCCUCAUUACGCAUUGACUGUGUUAUACAAUGCUCCUCAAGGUAUACCGAGUGCAAGACAACAAGAAUCCACUCAGUACAAUGUGACUAUUGGUGAACCAGAUUAUAGACAACAGGUUGUAGCUGUUGGUACUCCUCUACCCACUGCGUCUCUACCAGUUGGUGCACAUCAAGGUCCAGUUAUGUUAACGGCAAAAAAUUUACAAUGUAUGCGUGCAUUAUUAUCACUUGCACAUUGCCAUGGAAGCAUACUUGGUGGUGCAUGGCAUUUGGUACUUACAACACUACAACAUCUUGUCUGGAUACUUGGUUUGAAGCCUUCUACUGGAGGAUCCUUAAAAGCAGGAAGAACCGCUGCCGAUCCAAAUGCAGUACUUACAAACGCAGUUAUGGCAGAUUUGCCUGUACUUAGCGCCAUGCUUAGCAGGCUAUUCGAAAGUAGUCAACAUCUUGAUGAUGUAGCUUUACAUCACUUGAUAGACGCACUUUGCAAGUUGAGCCACGAAGCUAUGGAAUUAGCUUACUCUAAUAGAGAACCCUCCCUGUUUGCUGUGGCUAAACUUUUAGAAACUGGUUUGGUAAACUUACCACGGGUAGAAGUUUUAUGGAGACCAUUAACAAAUCACUUGCUGGAAGUUUGUCAACAUCCGCAUAUUCGUAUGCGAGAAUGGGGGGUCGAAGCUAUUACAUAUCUUGUAAAAAUGGCACUUCAGCACAAAUAUCCACAACCUUUGCGCGAUAAUCAAAAAUUGCAGACUUUACUUUUAGGACCAUUAUCAGAAUUAUCAUCAGUUCGCCAUGGAGAUGUAAGACAACGACAGCUAGAGUGCGUUUUACAAGUGUUACAUGGAGCAGGAGAAACACUAUAUCAUGGCUGGCCUUUGGUACUUGGUAUUAUUGGAGCAGUAUCUGAUCAUCACGGAGAAGCUUUAGUUCGUAUAGCAUUUCAAUGUUUACAAUUGGUAGUAACUGAUUUCCUACCAGUAAUGCCUUGGCGAUGUCUUCCACUUUGUGUUGACACAGCCGCAAAAUUCGGUUCUCAGACACAAGAAUUAAAUAUUUCAUUAACUGCUGUCGGAUUAAUGUGGAAUAUAAGCGAUUAUUUUUAUCAAAACCAAGAGAAGCUUUGUGUAUCUCUGAAGGGAGAUUCAUCGUCGGUGUUUCCAGACUUUCCUGGUACAACAAAUAUGCCACCUUUUGACAAACUUUGGAUGUGUUUAUAUGCAAGAUUAGGUGACUUAUGUGUGGAUCCUCGGCCCGCCGUGCGCAAAUCAGCUAGUCAAACUCUGUUUUCUACAAUAUCUGCACAUGGUAGUUUGUUACAUCAGCCGACAUGGCAAGCUGUACUUUGGCAGGUUCUUUUUCCAUUGCUAGAUAAAGUAAGAAGUUUAUCUAACUCCGCCAGUAGUGAGAAGGUAGAUACUAGUGGAAACAUACUUAUUCAUCACAGCAGAAAUACAGCACAGAAACAGUGGGCGGAAACGCAGGUAUUGACUUUGAGUGGUGUUGGCAGAGUAUUUAAUACCAAGCGGCAGUUGUUACAAAUGUUGGGCGAUUUUCCUAGAGCUUGGUCUCUUUUAUUAGAAUUUAUAGAAAAUUCUGCACUUAGUAAAAAUAACGAGGUAUCAUUGGCAGCUUUAAAAUCAUUUCAAGAGAUUUUAUAUCUCCAAAAAGGAAGUGACAAUAACGAAGUGAUUCAGUCAAAUGAUUCCGAAGCAUUAUGGAUCGUUGCAUGGCGUGUAUGGUUGAAUAUUGGAAUGGAAAGUACAACACCCCCUCAAGAAGGGGAAACGGAACCUUAUGUACCAUCACAAGCAUUUUUAACAGCAUUGGUUCAUAUAUUUCCAGCUGUUUUCCAACACAUCAGAAACAAAUUCACUGGCCCAGAUUUGCAAAAACUUUGCAUUGUGUUAAAAAAUGCAGUUGCAGUUCCAGUACAUGGUGAAUCAACGCCAUAUAUUUUGCCUACAAUGCCAGAUGUAGUUCUCACUCAUUUACAAGAUGGUGUACUUCAUUCAAUGGAGCUUUUACAAAAAGAAGCAUUAAAUGGACCCGAUAAUUUGCGAACAAUGAUUGUUUUAAUAUUUCUUCAGCUUUUGAGUUUUUCAAAGCUGGCUUGUGAAGCUCCCACCUAUGGUAAAAUCCCAACGAAACACAUCUCUCAAAUUAGAGGCGUAUCUGCUGAUUGGGUGACUAUGAAUUAUGUUCCUUUUGGAGAGAAAGCUUUAUCAAUGGUUGUAACAUUAUAUCAAAAGACAGCACCUGAAAUGGCAGUUAUAGAUGGACAAGUUUUAAAGCAUAUUAUAGAAGCAUUGCAUGUACCUUUGUCAAUGAAGUAUGCUUGCCCGUCACCAACAACUUGGAAAUUGGCUGUUACUAGUUUGCUUGCCGUUUUACAUACUGGCUUACCUUUAGCCAGGAAAUAUCCAGAACAAUUUCAAAAUAUGUGGCCGGAACUAGCGAAUACAUUAGAUGAUUUCCUAUUUCCGAAAAGUAUAUUAAAUAUAGAACGAGGUGUCGAAGAAAUUCAAGCGGAUGAAGCUGUAGAUUGUCAAGUGAUGGAACUUUUACGAGAUGAGGUUUUACCACAUUCUCAAUACAUACCUCAUCAGUUUAUUUUGCGAGUAGUUAUGUUAUUAAACAAAGGCUCCAUACACUCAGCGACUACAACAAAUAUUGAAAAUAGCGGCGAAACUAAGUUAAGAGAGGAAUUCGCAAAAACGUGUUUUGAAACAUUACUUCAGUUUUCUCUAUUGGAUGGACUAAAUAAUGAAUCAGAUCAUGACACAACCAAAAGUCCUGAAAACGAUGAAGGAGGUGUUGCUGGACGGUUAGCAGUCACUGCGCUCCUUCAUAGGUUUCAAGAAGUUUUACGACGAUAUAUUGAAAAUGAGAGGCGAAGUGGAAAAUGUCCGCUACCUAGAUUAUCAGAAAUUUCUUUUGUUUUGAAAGCUGUUGCAACACUUGUGGUUUCUCUGAAAAAAGCACCACCUAACAAAGUUGAAAGAUCAGUUUGGGAACAACUGAUUGGACUAUAUCCUUGUCUAGUAGAAUGUACAAUAGCUACAGCGUCAGGUCAAGUAUCAAGAUCUUUACGGGAAGCUUUACUACAAUAUCAUGAUCUAUUGAGACCACCGCUUCAUAGUUCCACAACAUCUAAUGGUGUUUGACCAUUGCAUUCUUUGCUCUUAACUCAAGAUAAUAAUGUUUGCUACGCAACCAAGUAGUAAACUUUCUAUAACUGGUUACGUGUGCAAUAAAUUUUGUCAUAAAAUUUUUACUUCCGCGUACACGUUACAAGGUAAAGAAUCUAAGGUGAAGUAUCUUUGAAAAUCUUUAAUUUAUGUAUCUGCCGAAAAGUUUACCAUACAAAUCUUAGAAGUUCUUCAUUACCAUAUAACAAAGGUAAAAACAUUCAUGUUUAUCUUUAUCUACCAUCUUUAUCUUUAUGAUAUAAAUAUUUUAAUUGUGUAAAUUGCAAUAGGUUUUUAUAGAAUAAUGUAUUCAAUUAGCAUGUUAACACUUGAAGUGUUAGCAAUAAUCACUUAAAUAUUUAUUUGACAAUUUAAGAACUUCCAUUCUUUCAAAUACUUUGAUUUCUACAAAUAUGAUUAUAAAAUUUUUUCCUUUUUUAUACAGUUUAUUAUUGUAAGAUUUUAAAGUAACAGAGAACUGCUAUAUAUAGCGUAAUAUUUAUAAAUGGCUGCAUAUAAUUUUUGGUUUAGUUAGUAAUAUUGUCUAUAAUGAGCAAAAACAAAAGUAAUAUAACAUGGUGUCUUAUAUUUGAGUGAAAUAACACAUAAAAACAUGUAGACUUAGGAAGUCGAAGCAAGUAUACAAAAGUUAUGUUAAAUAUGUAUUUGUUUAAGCGCAAAUUGGUUGACUACAAAUUAUACACAUAUGCCAUGCUGCUGUACAUAGUUUAUGUACGACUUGGCUUUUCUAAUACAUAAUGUAAAUAUUGAAUUAAUUGCGAUUAGAGCAUAUAGUACGAUUUUAUAAAUAAUAUAAAAUUACUAUUCGCUAUUCUUACAAUGAUACAAUAUUGAUAAACUAUGAUAUAAUGAUGUAAAUAGCCAUACAAAAAUUCAAUAAAAGUCUGAAAUAUUUA